CCCUAGGUUAUAUCCCAUAUGGGGUAAACCUGUUUGUACAUAUUUGUAACUUUAAGCCUAAAGUCUGCCUUCAGGGAUCACGCUGUGCGCUGCAGUUCGUUUCUUUCUUUCUGUCUCAAAGUCUAUGCGAAAAGCAGAAGAUGAUAUGCUGCUCAGUACAUUCACGCUUGGAAAAGUAAUACAGAAUGGAGGCAAAGCUGAAAAGGCACGGCCCGCAUCUUCUCUUGAGCAUUAUAAAAUGGAGGACAACAGUUUUCUGGAUGAAGAGGAAGAUGGAGCCCCCAAGUUCUCUAAUAUAAAUCCUAAACACCAUGCCAUAAGUCAUGGCCAACCCAUGAACCUCGAUAUUAAGCAACUUCCUUAUUUUGCACUGGAGGGACCUAUGACUUUUCCAUCUGAUGCUGAAGUUCAGAACAUUCAAUCUGUACAACAAAGGAGAGAGACUGAAGAUGAUGAGAACUCAGCUAAAUUACCUAUUGGAAGAAGAGAUUUUGACAUGCUCAGAUGCAUGCUGGGAAGAGUCUACCGACCUUGUUGGCAAGUCUAACAACUGCUGAAGUACAUCAUUUGGAAGAGACGAAACCAUGU